AUGGGGAUCCGUACACAGUGGAGCUUGGUGCAAGGACUGGGAUCCCCUGGUGGUCCAGAAAACCCCAUUUGGACCCUUGCAAAGAAAUGGGGCUUGAGCAAUACCUACUCAAAUUACAGCUCAAUUCUCACCUACAACGAGACUGGUUAUACGGAUUUCUCCGACGUCUUGGAUGAGUAUGAAAACAAGUUCGACACCGCGUCGGAUCUUGCUGGUACCACCCUGGCAGAGAACUACCAAGACAUGACCGUCCGUUCUGGUCUUUCUUUAGCCGGCUGGAAGCCCAAGCGUGAUGACAUGACUGCUCAGGCUGUGGAGUGGUGGGAAUGGGAUUGGGAGGAUGCCUACUCGCCCGAGGAGAGCUCUCUCAUUUUCGGCGUCGCCGGUAGCAACCUCACCUUCAACCAGUUCAGCGACGCAAAUAACUAUGUCUGGGACCAACGUGGCUUCAGCCGCAUCAUCACUGGCGAAGCUUCAACUUUCUUGAAAAAGAAUGAUCCCCGAGUGCACCUCAACUCCAAAAUUACAAAGAUCAACUACUCCGACGACGGCGUCACAAUCUACAAAGAAGACGGCAGCUGUGUCUCAGCCGCCUACGCCAUCUGCACCUUCUCCUUGGGCGUCCUCCAAAGCGAGACCGUCUCCUUCACCCCCUCCCUCCCAUCCUGGAAGAAGACCUCAAUCGAGAAGUUCAGCAUGGGCACCUAUACCAAGAUCUUUCUCCAAUUCAACGAAACAUUCUGGCCAGAAGAUACCCAAUACUUCCUCUACGCUGACCCAACAACUCGCGGCUACUACCCCGUCUGGCAAUCCCUCUCCGCACCAGGCUUCAUCCCUGACUCGAAUAUUAUCUUCGUCACAGUCGUCCACGAACAAGCCUACCGCGCUGAGCGCCAAUCAGAUGAUCAAACCAAAGAUGAAGUCAUGCGUGUCCUUCGCGAAAUGUAUCCCAAUAUCACCGUCCCCGAGCCAACAGCUUUCAUGUAUCCGCGCUGGAGUACCACACCCUGGGCGUAUGGCAGUUACUCCAACUGGCCACCGUCCACGACGCUAGAAAUGCAUGAGAACUUCCGUGCUAAUGUGAACCGGCUGUGGUUUGCUGGUGAGGCUACUAGUGCGCAGUACUUUGGGUUCUUGCAUGGUGCUUGGUUUGAAGGGAGGAAUGCGGGAGAGCAGAUUGCGGCUUUGUUGCAGGAUAAGUGUGCGAAUGUCACGGAUACGAGUGACGCUUGUGGGAAUUUGAGGCAUUAUGAGACGCUUUAUGGGUCUUCGCCGCUGGCAGAUUAUAGUGUUUUUGAUGGGUGGUCGGUUAGCAGCUUUUACUCUAGUAGUUAA